AUGGCGGCGAAGUUCAAGAUUGAGAAAUUCGACGGGAGUAAUUUCUCAAUGUGGAAGUUGAAGAUAAAAGCUAUCUUGAGAAAAGAUAAUUGCCUGGCGGCCAUUGGUGCAAGGCCGGACGACAUCACAGAUGAUAAGAAGUGGAACGAGAUGGACGAAAAUGCUAUUGCAAAUCUCCAUCUGGCAUUAGCAGACGGGGUGCUGUCAAGUGAUCGUGAUAAUAGAAAAUCCACCACAGAUUAUGUGUUUCCACUUACUGGCGGAGCUGUAAGCUGGGUUUCAAAACUGCAGUCAGUUGUGGCUACUUCAACAACAGAAGCAGAGGUAUCACUGUGGCAUUCUUCUCCUAAAAUGUUCACCAAAUCCCCCUCUUUCUCACUAAUUCUCCAUUUUCUUCUAAUCUCACUGAAUGCAAUAAUAAUGCUCUCCUCUGCAACUGAUACAAUCUCCCAAGGCCAAUCCAUCUCUGGAAACCAAACCAUAGUCUCCAAAGGAGGCGUCUUCGAACUUGGCUUCUUCACCCCAGGCAAAUCCAACAACUACUACAUUGGCAUCUGGUACAAAAAGAUCCCUACACAAACAGUUGUAUGGGUAGCAAACAGAGAAAAACCAGUACCCAAUCCUGCAACUUCUGAACUGAAGCUGGCCAAAGAUGGCAAUCUAGUCCUCUCUCAUUCCAAGCUCCCAGUUUGGUCAUCAAACACAACAUCAGCAUCAUCUUCUUCCUCCAUUUCUAUCAUUGCGGCGCUUCUUGAUACAGGUAAUCUAGUUCUCAGAGACCAAUCGAAUUCGUCUAUUAUACUGUGGCAGAGUUUUGAUCAUCCGGCCGAUACAUGCCUGCCCAAUGGAUGGGUCACUGUGAAUAAAGUCACUGGGGAAUAUCAAAGCCUUACUUCAUGGAGGAACACCGAGGAUCCAUCUCCUGGGCUUUUCACCGACACUAUAGACCCGAGUGGCAUCCACCAGCUUAUUUUACAAUGGAACAAAUCGAGAAGCUAUUGGCGAAGUGGAGUAUGGACUGGAAAGUCCUUUACCUUGAUGCCUGAAAUGGACGGGUACAAUAUCGUCAGCUUCGAAUUUGUCGAUAACAACGAGAGUAGUUAUUUCAGCUACAACCUCUCCGAUGGGAUAUUGGGACGGACUUUGAUGCACUCGUCUGGGCAAGUGCAACAGUGGAUAUGGUUUAAUGAUGAACAAGGAUGGGUGCUGGCCUGGGCUCAGCCACUUUCUCUUUGUGAUAUUUACUCAGUCUGUGGCACUUUUGGUAUGUGUGACCAUGGAGACACGCCAGUAUGCAGCUGUCCGAGUGGCUUCAGUCCGACUUCUAUGAGAGACUGGGAGUUAGAAGACUGGAGUUCAGGGUGUUCAAGGAAAACUCACUUGCAGUGCAGUGAUAGGAACUCGACCACCGGGGAAAAGGAUGGAUUUUUGGCCAUACCCAAUCUGCUCUUGCCGGCAGAUUCACAGCCUUUAGCAACAACAAGCGCUGAAGAAUGUGAAGUAGCUUGUUUGAAUAAUUGCUCGUGCACUGCUUAUUCUCAUGGAAAUGGGUGCUCAAUUUGGUAUGGAGACAUCCAAAAUCUUAAAAUUCUAUCCGAAGGCGAAAACGGAUCCAGUACUCUUUACCUGAGGCUGGCAGCUUCUGACCUGCCACGGCCAGGGAAAAGGAAAUUAAUCAUAAAAAUUGCUCUAAGUGCAACAGUAGCAAUAGUUUUGUUAACCCUUAUGGCAUUGAUAUGGAUAUGGCGAAGCAAGGGUCGUGGGACAUCAACAUUCCCUGAAGGUCCUUUGGUGUCAUUUACUUACAAUGAAUUGCGGCGCAUGACAAAGAACUUUUCAGAAAAGCUUGGUGGAGGAGGAUUCGGUUUGGUAUUCAAAGGAAUUCUAUCUAAUUCAGAGUUUGUAGCUGUGAAAAGACUAGAAGGGGUUCGUCAAGGAGAGAAGGAGUUCCGAAAUGAAUUAGGAACAUUGGGCAGAAUUCAGCAUGUUAAUCUAGUCCGUCUACGCGGCUUCUGCUGUGAGGGAACUGAGAAGAUUCUGGUUUAUGAUUACAUGCCAAUGGGAUCUUUGGAUCACCACCUUCUGCUGUGA